UGUGGUCUUUCUCAAUAUGAAAGGUCGGAGGUCGGUGAAAGUGCCCUUGCCGUCUAGGUUUGUGUCUACUCAUCCCCCCCAAAAAUGCUCCGUAGAACUUGUUGUGCGCUGUUCAGACUACGUAAUGGUUCUUGUCGGGUUCCUCAUAUAUCUAGGAGUUCCACGUACAAGAGUGUCUACAGUUUGGACAGACUAUAUCCUGACAGCGACCCCUCAACUUUCAUGAAAGUUCCCGAGGGUGCUUACAGUACACGCAGUAACCCUGACAAGUUUGAUGGACACAUCCCUGUAGACAAAUUAAAAAUUUCAUACAGCAGAAGUAGUGGAGCUGGAGGACAACAUGUGAACAAAGUGAACACGAAGGUGGACGUGAGAUUCCAUGUGGAGAGUGCUGAUUGGCUUCCUGAAGAUGUCAGACAGAAACUUACAGCAGUGCAAAAGAGUCGCAUCAACAAAGAAGGGGAGCUGAUCAUCAAGUCUGAGGUGAGCCGAUUCCAGAUGCGCAACUUGGCCGACGCCCUGAAGAAACUGAGGGAGAUGAUCGAGGAAGUAAACAAGAAACCUCAAGAACCCAGUAAAGAGGACAGGAAUCUGUGGAGACUCAGCAUAGAGAAUGCAAACCGGGAGAGACUGAGGCAGAAGAAAAUCCGACAACAGACAAAACGUGACCGUGCCGUCCCUUUAGACUUGUAGAUACAUUUGUACUUGAAUGUGCAUCUAGUCAACUUCUCUGUUUCCCCAACAUAGAUAUAAGUGCACGUUUUACUUUACUAUGCCAAUGUAAGUGUGGAGUAAAAUUAGCCUAGAGGAAAUAAAUGGAUUGCUAUGUGGAAAA